AUGUCCUUCCAACUCCAUCGCAACCCACCCUUCCGCGCCGAGCACCUCGGCUCCCUAAAGCGACCUCAAUACCUCCUGGACGCACGCUACAAAGAUGGCAAAUCAUCCUCUGAGCUCAAGCCCCUCGAGGACAAGGCAAUCAACGACAUCGUCAAGGCGCAAGUCGACCUGGGCUUCCGCCCCAUCUCUGAUGGCGAAUAUCGUCGCCACAUGUUCUGGGGGACCUUCUGGCCCGAAUUAGAGGGCAUGGAGGAGAUUCAGAACCCGCCCAUUGAGACGUUCCGCAUGUACGUGCCGGACAUUGCUGCGUUCAUGGAGACCGGGCAUAAGCCUGGUGAGAGCGUGUACUGUGUGGGGAAGAUUAAGCAUACGGGCAAGAGCACGUAUGUAGACCAGGUGGAGUAUUUGAAGUCAAUUUUGCCGGAGGAGCAAUGGGGAGAUAUCAAGCUUACCCUUGCGGCGCCGAAUUGGUACCAUUUGAGGUAUGUGGAUGGGAAGGCGUUUCCAAAGGAGGUGUAUGCGAAUGAUAAGGAGUAUUUUGCGGACGUGGCGAAGGCUUAUCAGGUUGAGCUUGAUAUCCUUUACAAAGCUGGGCUACGGAAUGUGCAAUUCGAUGAUCCUAACUUGGCUUACUUCUGUUCCGAGAAGAUGCUGGAGGGCUGGAAAACGGAUUCCAACAAUACCGUGACUGCCGAUGAGCUUCUCGAUCUGUACAUUGACCUAUACAACGACUGCAUUUCGAAGAAGCCAGAUGACAUGCACGUUGGUGUUCAUCUCUGCCGAGGCAACUUCGUAAAUUCCAGACAUUUCUCCGAGGGCGGAUACGAUCGCAUUGCGACGAAACUAUUCAAGACAUUGAACAUGAACACUUACUACUUGGAAUACGACACCCCUCGUGCUGGAGGUUUCGAACCCCUCCAGCAUCUACCCACGAACAAGAAUGUCAUCCUCGGAGUCAUCACAUCAAAAUUCCCAGAACUGGAGGACAAGGAAAAAAUGAAACAGCGUAUCUACGAAGCCGCCGAUAUCAUGGCGAAGGGGUCUGGCGAGACGCGGGAGCAGGCACUCAAGAGAUUGGGCGUCAGUCCGCAGUGCGGGUUUGCGAGUCAUGCGGAGGGAAAUUUGAUUGAUAUCGAGGGUAUGAAGAAGAAGCUUGCGUUGGUGAGGCAGAUUGCGGAUGAGAUUUGGCCCGGUGAGCCUUGA